UUGGUCUGUCUCUGGCUGCUGUCGCUGGUUGUUAAUCUUGUCAAUCUGCUGGUUGCUUAAUCUGCUGGUUAAUCUGAGUUGGGAUGUUUCUAUUCAUGGUUAGUCUGCUGGUUACUUAAUACAAGGCUCCAACUGGUUACUUAUGUAGGUACCAUGGUUCCUGGUAUGAAGACGGGGCGGCGGAAGACAGCAACAAGUGGCAACGUAUUAUCAGGCUCUGAAGCAUGUCCACCAGCAGUUAUUGGCACCCCGUUGACGUUAUCUGAUGAGACACAGCCACCAGAUGAUACACAAACAGUGGUGGAGGAGACGCAGCCAGGUGGCGUGGGGCGAAAAAGAGCAACUCGUGUACGAGGACGUACAUUGGGCAAAGGAGUGCAAAAAAGAAUAGCAAGGAAAAAAGGAGAGAAAUUACAUGUGUAUGUCAAUCGGGUGUUGAACGCAAUCACAGGAGGGAAUGCAACCCCAGCGACGAAUGAGUUGGGAUUGCAAAUUAGACGGUUGUGCCCUCUUCAGAGCGUGAAGUCAUGGACGAAAAUCAAUGAAAGUACCAAAGAUGCGGUCAUCCAAGCGGUGCUAGACAAGUUUGUUAUCGGGGAUGAUUUUGAUAAUGAUGAACAAGCUCAACAAAUUCUUGAUAGAAAGGCAUAUUUGCUAUACAAGGAUUGGAGGUACAAUCUAAAGCAAGAGUUCCUCGAACUUGAGGAAAAGGGUGUUGAUGACCCGUAUAGUCAUCCGCCUAGUGGAGUGAGCUUGGAUGACUGGAGAUAUCUUAUUGAUGUUGCUUGGAAAGACGAAUCUCACUUGAAACGCUCUAAAGCUGGUAAAGCAAAUAGGGCUAUGCUCCCGUACAAUCAUACAAGUGGAUCGCGAUCAUUUCCUAUAGCAAUGUCGCUUAUGGCAAAUGAGGAUGGACAAAUAGAUUUCCCUGAAUUUUAUAAGAAAUCACACAAGUCCAAGAAGACGGGAGACUGGAUUGACCCCAAAUGUGGUGAGCUACAUGAUGAUAUGGUCAAUCUACAAGUCGUAGCCACCGAUGCGGGGUUGCCAUUGACCCACGAAGAACUAUCAAGGCAAGUGCUCGGGGCAAAAAAAAAUUACUUGCGUGGAUGUGGGAUAGGCCCACAACCCUCUUCAACAGCUUCGAAUGUGGCACGAGCACGUGACAAACAUAUGGAGUCAAUGAGAACGGAAUUGGAGGCUCUUCGUGAGGAGCGUGAAAGAGAUCACGAGGAGUUGCUGAAGGAGACUGAUUUCCAUAAGACAGUUAUGGUGGAUAUGUUUGUAUUAUAG